AAAGCAUAGAGAGCGAAAGAAAGUUAGGCUUAGGUUUGCUAAACAAUGAAAUGGCGAAAAUAAUUGAAUAUCGAGAUGAUGCAAUUGUUAAAAUAAAGAUGGUAAUGCGGCUGUUAAAUUAACUUCGACUAACGCUAUAUAAAUCAAAAGCUAACUAAAGUCGAAACAACAUAACACUUACAGCCAUCGAAUAAAGAACAAUCAAUAUUCAUUCACGACAUCAUAUAAUCAAUCGCGACAACAUGAUCAAAUUUUGUUUUAUUCUAAUUGGGCUUACAAUGGCGUUAGUUGCGGCUGAACCGUUACGUUUUAGAGCAUCAAAAAAGCAGUCAAUAUUCUUAGCGCGACAAGAAGUGCCACCGACUACGCAGGAUAGGGCAGCUAUUGCACCUUAUCCCGCAGCUGGUGUCACACCUGAAAUACUAUUCGAAUUGCCCACAGAAACGGAGAAGCCUGAGCAAACUUAUGGUCCUCCAGUCGCAGCACCCGAUCAAACCUACGGACUGCCAGAAUCAACUACAGACACCAUGUUAGAGCCUGACAAUACUUAUGGUCCGCCAACAACCACUGCAAGCAGUAAGCAGGUUACUAAUGAGGAAGCAAGCGUUGAAGAGCUUUCGAAUUUAGUACAAUCCAGAUCAAAUAAACAACGUAACCGUUAUCGCACCGCUCGGCUAAUCCUAUCAAAGGAUAACAUCAUUACAAUAACGCAUUCUAAACCGAUUCUCGUGUACACUUUGCAAUAA